AAUAAGGCCGAACAACUUCACCAACCCCAACAUCAAUCACUUGAACAAAAAACAAGAUAAUCACACCAAAAUGGCCACCAAAACCCCCAUCACAACCGACAAAGCCCCCAAGGCCCUCCCCGGCAUCUAUUCCCAAGCCAUCGUCUCCAACGGCGUCGUCUACUGCUCCGGCUCGGUGGCUAUGGACGCAGAAACGGGCAAGAUCAUUGAUGGCGAUAUCAAAGCGCACACGCACCAAUGCAUCAAAAACCUCGGAAACGUUCUCGAAGCCGCCGGUAGUGAUCUCACCAAGGUUCUCAAGGUUACUGUGUUCUUGUCGAAUAUGGAUGACUUUGCCGAGAUGAACUCUGUCUAUGUGCAGUACUGGGGGGAUGUUAAGCCUUGUCGGACAUGCGUGGCGGUUAAGACUUUACCCCUGAAUACGGAUAUUGAGAUUGAGUGUAUUGCUCAUCAGUAGAGGAUAUAUAUAAAUAUAUCUGGUGAUGAAUGUGCCUGGUCGGGGAAACAAAAAUUAUACCAG